CGAGGGUAGAAGCAAGUCCUGCGGGGAGAGAGGCGCUGCUGCUCCAGCUGCUGCCUUGGCCGCCGCCGCCACCAAGCCGGCGUCCAGAGAGCGGGGCUGGCAGGCCGGGCGCCAAGAGGAGGGGAGCGAGGGGCGCGCCCAUGGAGCACACGCACGCCCACCUCGUAGCCAACAGCUCGCUGUCCUGGUCCCCCGGCUCCGCCUGCGGCUUGGGCUUCGUGCCCAUAGUCUACUACAGCCUCUUGCUGUGCCUCGGUUUACCAGCAAAUAUCCUCACGGUGAUCAUCCUCUCGCAGCUGGUGGCCAGGAGGCAGAAAUCCUCCUACAACUAUCUCUUGGCCCUGGCUGCCGCGGACAUCCUGGUCCUCUUUUUCAUCGUGUUCGUGGACUUCCUCCUGGAAGAUUUCAUCCUGAACGUGCAGAUGCCUCGGGUGCCCAACAAGAUCAUAGAAGUGCUGGAAUUCUCGUCCAUCCACACGUCCAUCUGGAUCACUGUUCCAUUAACCAUCGACCGGUACAUCGCCGUGUGCCACCCGCUCAAGUACCACACCGUGUCCUACCCAGCCCGCACCCGCAAGGUCAUCGUGAGUGUGUACCUCACCUGCUUCCUGACCAGCAUCCCCUACUACUGGUGGCCCAACAUCUGGACGGAAGACUACAGCAGCACCUCGGUGCACCACGUCCUCAUCUGGGUCCACUGCUUCACCGUGUACCUGGUGCCCUGCUGCAUCUUCUUCAUCUUGAACUCGGUCAUCGUGUACAAGCUCCGGCGGAAGAGCCAUUUUCGCCUCCGUGGCUACUCCACCGGGAGGACCACUGCCAUCCUGUUCAGCAUCACCUCCAUCUUCGCCACCCUCUGGGCGCCACGCAUCGUCAUGAUCCUCUACCACCUCUACGGGGCGCCCAUCCAGAACCGCUGGCUGGUGCACGUGGUGUCCGACGUUGCCAACAUGCUGGCCCUCCUCAACACGGCCAUCAACUUCUUCCUCUACUGCUUCAUCAGCAAGCGGUUCCGCUCUAUGGCCGCCGCCACCCUCAAGGCCUUCAUCAAGUGUCAGAAGCAACCGGCCCAGUUCUACACCCACCAUAACUUUUCCAUAACCAGUAGCCCCUGGAUCUCGCCGGCCAACUCACACUGUAUCAAGAUGCUGGUGUACCAGUAUGACAAAAACGGAAAGCCUAUAAAAGUCUCCCCUUGACCCCGGAGGCGGGGAGGGCACCUCGUGCCUCUGCUUGAUCCCUUUCCCGAUGGGGAGGUGGUGGCCCAUCCGGCGGCUGA